AUACCAAAAGGAUACAAGAGUGAUAUUGCAUUCAUGGAGUUUAAAUGUUAUUUUAGGAUCAGAAAUAAGACCAUUUCAUAUAAUAGCGAUUUUGUUAGUGAAUAAUGAAUUUUCAAUAAAAUACAAAAAUCCUAAUAAAAAUUUAAUUGAUAUGAUUGAG